UAAUAGGGAUCUUUCCAUGUGUGCUGAGUGGGUGAGCACACUUGUCAGUAGGAUGCUUCAGCUGCCCAAUCACCUCCCUGAAGGUCCAGAGAGCUGCUAAUUGGCUUUGAAAGGUAAGCUACUGGCCAACAUUGGAGAGUGAGCUACUGAGCAUGGCUCUCUGUAGUCUUUUACAUGACUUGUGAAAAAUAAAGUGGAUUUUGGCAAUGUAUUGUGUCAUGAUUUCUAACAAUAAAUGAUGUUUUUAUGGGUCUCCCCUAAUAAUAGUUACCACAGGGGCAGAACUCAUUGAAUUCUGAGAAAACUCACGCUCCAAAUUGUCAUACCUACGACAAAGGCUCUUUCAAUUGAUGCUUUAGUUUGUAAACAUUUAGAUUAUAUUUCCUAACCCCAAAACAUCUAUUAAGCCCCCCACAAGAAGGGAAAGGGGAUGUGACUAGCAGUAGUCUUUACCAACAGUGCCCAUUGCAAGCUUGGGCACUCCUGGUGAAAUCUUUGGGAAAUACUGGCAUAAGAAUAAAAGGAAGACUGAUGCAGAAGUAUUGCUUGGUGUGCAUUCCAGGAAAGAAGGUCUCUCUCUGCCUUCUGGCCUAUCUCUUGGUGGCAGAGGAAAAGGGGAGAGGAUUAAACUGUUUACAAAACUGCAAAAUAAGCAUAUAGCAUCUUCUCACUAUCUCCAAGGUUCCAAUCUAUGCAACAUUAUAUAAUCUUUGCUUCAAGUAAUGAAUAGUUGAGAGGCAAAUAUAAUACUCCACAAAACAACUUAGAAAUACUUGCCCCACUGAAAAAGUUAUUUCCAGAGAACAAAUGGGCCCAGGACAACCUUUGCCAAAAGAGAAUAUUGUGCUAAGUGUACAAUUAUAGCCCUCUUUUCUCUGUGAAGAAACUGAGGCUCAGGGGGAUAAAAACUUGCUCAGAAUCACAGUAAGUUGGGCAGAAUUUGGUCUGUUCUUCAUCACCAUGCUAGCUUUUCUCAAGUGUGAUUCAGGCACAAAAUAAUUGUACAUCUCUUCCUUGAAUAUUCCUUGUUUAGAUAUACGCUACCAUAGUUUUUUACAUUGCCCUCUUUGACUCUCAUAAAUGACCCAGUUUAGAAAAUAAUUUAGUCACUAUCAAUGGACCAUUCGCAGAACUGCCCAGGACGCUUGUUAAAAGUGCAAAUUCCUGAGCCCCACUCUAAAUCUCCAUGUUUUCUGAGGGUUGGCCCAAGAAUUCGUGUACAAUUAUUUCAAAUUGUUUUGUGGAAUGCCCAAGUGAAUCUCAAACCCUCAAGUUGAUAAACCUUUGGCUAUGCUAUUCUGCCUUCCCCAGAGGCCAAGAUAGGUCCUGAGAAGGUACCAAUACCUUCACCAAGUAAUCUGGAUCCUUGGAGAGUCUGAGUAGUCUCGUUAGCCCGCCUGCUAGGACAAACCUCCAGAGCCCUCACCUUUACAUUUUACCUUUUACCACUCCUCAAAGGUAGUCUUCUCUAAUUCGGCCUGACUUCAUCUGUCCUAACAUUCACCUUUCUAAUUCAAGCAAUUUAGAAGUGAGAGAAGGUGCCGUGGUUCUCCACCGGGGUUACCUAACCUCAAAUAGUAGCCUCGGCAGUCUACCUCCUGGACACAUCCCCUCUGCAACAGCCCCAGUAAACAAAUGUCCCAUCUUUGCUUCUUAAAGGUCAGUGACAGGGAACCCCCUCUUAAAGGAAGUUCUUUCUCAUUGUUAGGAAGUUGUUGGCCACACCAUAUCAGAGGGGGACCCAAUUAUGGUCUCUUCCUAUGGCCCUGAUCUUGCUACAGGUGGAGUUGUCUAUUUCUUCCUCUGAGUAAUCUUACUAACACCUCUUCACAGUGGUGACUGUGUUUUUCACCUGGGCUGCUGCUGUGCCCACAUCUCCUCUUCCCAGGAUUGUCAUUAUUUGCCUUUUAGAGGGAGGGGAGACUGUAAUGAUUGGGUUGUCAUUUUUUUUGUAUUAUGUCAUUUUGUUAUGAAUUUGUUUUGAAUUUCAUAUUAAAGUAGGCCCAUCAUUUCCAUUGUGUGAAGUCAUUCAAGACCCUCAUUUUGCUUGGAGCGCCUUUAACAUCUCCUAGUGUCACUUUGAAAUGUGAUGAGUUUGUCCUUAUAUUCCUAUCAGCUGUAAAUCUAGAGCCCAAACAUGAAGCCCUAUCACUGAGCAGAGCACCUCUCCACUACCUGCAUGAGCUUGAAUAGGCCCCUUCACCUCUUGUUUUUUUGAGUCCUCAGUUCUAAAAAUGUCAGGGUUCUAUGAAUUUACAUUUGAGGCAGGACAAGGUCAAGAAGAGCUAGCCUUUGCAUUUCUUCUUCCUAAUUGUAAUGUCUUCCCUCUUCUCUCCAUGGGUCCAAAUCUCACUUGUCCUUCAGGCCCACUGCCAAGGAGCCUUCCCUGAUUCCCCAGCCCACACAAAAUCUAUGCCUAAUUGUUGAAUACUUAAGGUGUCAUACAACUUAGCUAUCUCUUAGGUUAAUCUUGCCUCUCAAACUAAUCUCAGAAUGUGGGUUUCUCUUGCUCUCCUGUGGUCCCUGGGGCUGUGCCAGCCCACAGGUAUGUUCCACAGGGAGUGGCUACUUGUCUAGGGCAUAGGUAGGGAGGGCCAGGUGUGAGGACCCAGACAGGGUGCCUCUCUGCCUCCACCUUGCUGUUCAUAAAACCUCAUGAGCCCGACACCUGCCCUUCAGGCCACAGAUUCUUUAUAUGACCUCACUGGGUAGUGAUGACCUCACAGGCCUUCUCACAGUUUCCAUGGCAGGGUAACUACCCAAACGUGGUACUCUAUAGGGAACUUCCCUACCAGUUCUCUACCAGAUACCAAUCUGUUUGGUUGCCUGAGAGAGAGAUGUCUGACCGGAUCUUCUAUAUUCACUCUAACUUGUCCUCUGUCCCCUGGGAGUGCAGCACAGCAGCAGCAGUGGCUCCCACUUUUCCUCCUACACCUGGUCACUACCAUGUCCUCUACCGAGGGUGUGGAGAAACCCAGGUGGGCUGGCAUGGGGAGACAUACUGCCUGGUUGGUGGUUACCGGGCCUAUGGGGAUGCUCCUGUGGCCACCCCAGCAAAGAUGGAAGCAGAGAAGCCAGUUCCCAGCCGGGCUCCCAAGAGACGUCGAGCUCUAGCAGAGUCGGACAAAGACCUAGAUUGCUCCAGCCUCAAAAUGCAGCAAUUGCAGCACAGUAGCAGGAGGCUGACCCCGCAGAAGCUUACUGGCUAAGGCACUUUGUAGAGAGGACAAACGUCAAACUGCCUAAGAUAGAUAAUGCCUCUUCCUGCAGUUACCCCUGCUGCCCACCCCUGGAGAUCAGAA